AUGAUUUUGUAUGAUCAAUCAUAUAUAUCCAGGGCAGUAGUUUCAGAUGAUAAAAACAAUGAGUAUAACUUGAAAAUCAUAAACAUGUUUGACGGAGUUAAUAACAUAGAUAAAACUAUUUAUUAAAAUGCAUAGCAGGAAGUAAAAGUUAUGAAAACAUUUAAUCAUAAAAAUGUACUUAAAGUCGUUGACUACUUUGAAAUAGGUUACUAUUUUUUAAUAGUCACAGAGAGGUAUGAAUCUAGCUUAGAGUAGUGGUUAAGAAGUAGACAAACAAAUCAAUUAUUUCUCCCAUAAAUUAUAAGCUUUAGUGAUUAGCUCUUUUAAGCUUUGGAACAUAUUCAUUCUAAAAAAAAAGAAGCAAGGGAUAUUGAUUUAUCAACAAUAAUGAUAGAUAAAAACAAUUAAUUAAAGGUUGUUUGCAAUGGAUAUUUUAACGCAAAUAUUUUUAGAAGAGUUUAAAGUCUGCAAAUAUAAAAUUAAAAGAAUAAGAUAUCAUUGCUUUACAAUGUAAAUUAGCAGAUAAGUGAAAAUGAGAUUGACAUGACAUAGAAUAUUUUGAAAGUAGAUAAGACAAAGUUGAAAUAAAUUGAUGUAUUAGCCUCAAUUUAAGUAAUAUACCAACUCGGAGGAGCUAAUUUAGUUGAUAGAUUUAAUAGAGAACUUCUUGUUGAUAAUUUAGAUGAACAGCUUAUUUCUACUUUUUUGACUAUUUUUGAAAGCAAAAAUUAAAAUCCUCCUCUACUUAAAGAUAUCCUAAAAAGUAUAAAAAAAGUAAAAUCAGAUAUUUGGGAUGGAUGCCAAUUCGCAAAAAAGUUAUUUAAAAGUGCUUAGAAUAUGAAAGAAAAGCCUUAAGCUGCUAUUGAUCUAUUACUUCUUUGUAUUGAGCAACAUCCUAAAGAUCCACAAUAUUACUAAGCUGUUGGCGAUUUUUAUAAAAGUAUUUAGAAAUAUGACGAUUCGGCUUAAGCUUACAAAAAGUGUUUAUAAGAAGGUAAAGAAAAUUAAAUUUGCUAAGAUAGUUUAUUAGAAGUUUAUCAAUUUAAAUCAACUUAAGAAUAAUUAUAAAAAGAUAAACUAAUUGAAGUGUGCAUUGAGAAAGGCAAUCCUUUUAUAAAUCUAUGUCAUGAAUUUACAUAUAACUCUAAGGAAGUUAAAAAAAGUCGUAUCUCGUUUAAAUUAAUUGUAAUUUUAAUAGUGAUUUUCAAAGAUGUCAUUUUAGUAAUCAUGGCCAAUUUACUAGCCUUCAUAUCAGCCCAUGCUUCAAUUUAAGCUUGUAGUCAAUAAAUUGAAGCUUGCUAUGCUUAAGUGCAUGAUGAUCUUUAAGGUUUUUAUAUUGCGUAAUACCAUUUUUUUAAAGGAUGUUUAGAUUCAGAGAAAGUAGGAUAUAUUUGUAGUACUGGAGUUGCAGAUUCUAUUUUAAAGAUGUAUUUAAAUGAUUGUGUUUCAAUUAUUUUUUACUCAAAAUAACCUCUAUAUGAUUCAAGAAUUUACAUUCAAUAGUGCUUUCAUAAAACAUCAAAAAGUUAAGGUUUCUGUUAUGUGCACUUGGCUAAUUACUAUUAACACCAAUUCAAAUAUAAUGAAGCAAUCUAAAUUAUGGAUAAGUGUUUAAAAUCUUUGCCCAAUAAUGCAUAUUGCUUAAUGUACCUGGGUUUAUUUUAUUAAUUAGAUACUACUCUAUAAGAUUAUAACAAAUCAAUCAACUAUUAUUAGUUAUGCUAUGAUCUUUAUUAACUUGAAUCAUGCAGAGAUGAGAUUUUAAAGGUAAAAUAGCAACUAAAUUAACCUUAAAAAGUAAAAUAGGAACUAAAUUAAUCUUAAAAAGUAAAAUUGAGUUGA